UAUUUAUAUAUGCUUGGAAUCAUUUCCAUAUGUUGAACAUUUCUCAGUAGCAUACACUCAUAUCUAGUGGUUUCUUCUUCUCGUUCUUGUUCUAUUUUCAUUUAGACUUAUGAUUUAUUUAAAGCCAGAUAAUCUCCAAAUUCACGUCUCCUUAAAGUAGCAAUGUUUUAAUUGGUGCGUCAAUCACUAUUAUUAAACAGUUUGGGACAAAAUUAUGGAGCCCUGGUAAAAAGGGAAAAAGCUCCAAAGGGGAUGCCUCCAAAAAACAUCACCCCUUCUACUAUAUUUUCCCAUGCAGAACAGCUCUACCAACUUCCUUUUUUAAUUUUUCCGCUAGGAUAUAAAAUUGCAAGCUGAAGAUGCGUAAAAACAUGGCUCUCAGUUGCUGCAAGAUAUAUUUUUUGGGAUCUAAUGAUUGAGCAUUUUGUAAAAAGGCGAGAAUUGUGGGAGAGAGUAUUUAUCCAAGGGAACAGGAGUUACCUCCAAACUUAGUACACUUUCAAGCUUGGUUGUCUACUUAUGUCCUCAUUGGUGAUUCUGGUUAGUUCAUUCAAUGUCAGAAGCUACAGAGAGACUUUCUACAGGUUGGAGGGAAGGUAGGAUAGGGAAUUUCUCAUAUGAUGAAUUUUGUAACCUUUAUUGUCCAGAAAGGUGGGUGAGCUGGGAUUAGAAACUUGGUGGCCCUUAAUAAAUCUUGUUGGGUAAGGGACUGGAAGUUUUUGAAUGUAAGAGAUAAGCUUUGGAAGAAAGCUCUGGAGGGAAAGUUCAGGAACUGGGGAGGGAUGGUGUUCCAGGGACAGUACAGUUUGUUUUGGGGAGAAGUCUCUUGAAAUGAUAUGAGGAAGGGUUGGGAUCUUUUCCAGGUCUUGACUUAUCUAUCUGUGGGGAAUGAGCAUAGGAUGAACUUCUGACUUGAUCUUUGGCGUGGUAUCUGACUUAUUUUAUUUUGCUGUCGACAAAGGAAUGUGAAUAGCUGAUCAUUGGUGUUUGGAAGGUGGUUUUGGGAGGGUUGGAAUCUUUUCCAGGUUUUGAGUUGUCUUCUCAUUUGGCAAAGGACAACUUCUGACUAGAUGUUUGGAGUGGACAGGUGAGUUUGAAGUUCGUGUUCUGACUUAUUUUACUCUGGUUGAUGAUAAAGAAGCGUGGAUGGCUGAGUUGGAAGGUGAUUUAGGCACUGGAAUUAAUAGUUAACCGAAGCUUCUGUAAUUGUGUGUUGGAGGGGAUGGGAGUUUUAUGGCCUAACAUCUGGUAGCAAAAUCAUCAAGUAGUUGAGAGAGGGUGUGUUGAUUUAUAAAUCUUCAAGCAAGUUUUCUUGGUCAAAUACUUCUUUAUGAAUGAUUUGCUUCAGCUGUUCCAACCAUUUGGCGUCAUUACUAAGCUUGUGAUGCUUCGUGCAAAAAAUCAGGCUCUCCUCCAAAUGCAAGAUGUUCCCUCAGCUGCCAAUGCAAUGCAAUUCUACACGAAUGUUCAGCCAAGCAUAAGGGGGAGGAACGUCUAUGUUCAGUUCUCAUCACAUCAAGAACUAACAACAGUGGAUCAGAAUGCUCAAGGACGAGGAGAUGAGCCUAAUCGAAUUCUCUUAGUUACAAUUCAUCACCUGCUAUACCCUAUAACAGUGGAGGUGCUGCAUCAAGUGUUUUCUCCUCAUGGUUUUGUGGAGAAGAUUGUCACGUUUCAGAAGUCAGCUGGUUUUCAAGCCCUUAUCCAGUAUCAAUCACGCCAGAGUGCAGUUGCAGCAAGGAAUUCUCUUCAGGGACGCAAUAUCUAUGAUGGUUGCUGUCAGCUUGACAUUCAAUUUUCAAACCUUGAUGAGUUACAAGUGAACUACAAUAAUGAGCGCUCUAGGGACUUCACAAAUCCAUCUCUGCCUUCAGAGCAGAAAGGCAGAUCUUCACAGUCUGGUUAUGGUGAUGCAGGAGGUAUGUAUGCCCUUCAACCAGGAGCCAGGACAGUUGGAUUUCCACAGAUGCCCAAUGCGUCUGCCAUUGCUGCUGCCUUUGGAGGAGGUUUGCCCCCUGGAAUUAGUGGGACAAAUGACAGGUGUACUGUCCUUGUCUCUAAUCUAAAUCCUGACAGAAUAGAUGAAGAUAAGCUUUUCAACCUGUUCUCCAUCUAUGGAAACAUUGUCAGAAUUAAGCUGCUCCGCAAUAAGCCAGAUCAUGCACUAGUCCAAAUGGGUGAUGGCUUCCAGGCCGAGUUGGCAGUACAUUUUCUGAAGGGAGCCAUGCUAUUUGGAAAGAGAUUGGAGGUGAACUUCUCGAAGUAUUCAAACAUAACUACAGGUGCUGAUACACACGAGUAUAUGAACUCAAGUCUUAACCGCUUCAACCGUAAUGCUGCAAAGAAUUACCGCUACUGCUGUUCCCCUACAAAGAUGAUCCAUGUGUCCACUCUUAACCAGGACAUCACGGAGGAGGAGAUUGUGUCUCACCUGGAGGAACAUGGCACCAUUGUCAACACCAAGCUCUUUGAGAUGAAUGGGAAGAAGCAGGCUCUGGUGAUGUUUGAAAAUGAGGAGCAGGCAACUGAAGCUCUUGUAUGCAAGCAUGCCACCCCCCUUGGUGGAUUAGCAAUCCGCAUUUCCUUUUCCCAGUUGCAGGGUAUAUAGGAAAGCCCUCACCAUAAAGGGGUGGUGGGGGUUAAGGGCUAAUAAACGUGAAGGAUAUUUAUGUGCGGAUUACAUCUUCUAUAACUUUCUCUUUCUUUUUCUUGUAUUUGUGAUUUAAUUGCUUUUGUAGUGGUGGAAUGCUCAGUUGGUUUUGUAUUAAUAUAACAUUUGCUCUCACCCUAGUUUCUCUAGGGUUUUCCAAUGCUAGGACUUAGGAGCAAUCUCUGUUGUAGGCAGAUAUGCUGGGCUUUUGAAAAGUACCAGGGAAAUAUAAGUGUAAUAUUCCCUUACGCGUGAGCCUGAGGGAUCUCUUCCUUUUCCGCUUUCUUUUUCUGUAUAGUUUUUACUUUUCCCAAUUGAGGCUUAUAUUUUUUAAUGUAUCCAAAUUGGUUAUGGCCGACUGAUUGAUGAGUGUGCCAAGGUUACUUUGUUCUUAGUA